AGCCAGUAUUGACUGAGUACUGACAUAUUACGGGCCUCACACGAUAUGCGAGCAAAGGAAAAUUAGUGUUUCUGGUAGUUGUGGCAACGUUGGCGAAGUACUGGCAUUUAUGGGCUUUAUUUUAGUGGUGAGCAGUGCUGGAUCUAGUAUAUUUUUUACCCGGGGCAAAGUAUAAAAUAAGCGCCCUCCCCCUUUGUUAUGCCCACAAUUUGGCGCCUUAAUUUGUGCCACUGGUGAACAAAGGCCAGACAGUAUUUCUUGUGGUUAUGCGAACGUCGGUGGUAGGUAUACUGGCAUAGCUGGAUGAAUUAUAGGCUGCAGGCUUGUCAUCUGCACCUAAUAAAUUUGUGUCAACAUUGGUGCGAAAUGUUAUACUGAUAAUAUAUUUGCACUAUUUGUAGGUUUUAGUAAAAAAUAUUGUAAUUCGUAAUAUAAUAUAUGGGAACAAAUUUUAGUGUUGUUUGCGUGAAUAAUAUUAUGCAAUUAGAAUUAUUACGGCAUACGCGUGUAGUACUAACUUAAAUGGUCACUUUUAAAUUAAUUACCUACAUAAAAACAGCAUUGUAAUUAAUAUAAGUCAUAAGCGUAGCCUAUAAGUUAAAUAAUAUAUUAUUUUCGUCUUCUUUCGUGGCUUAAAAUAUACCUAGUUUUAGGGAAUCCCGCAUAUUAUGCUACAGUACUCGCAAUGCAAUAACAACCACAAUAUCGUUGGCCCGCGACCGUCGCUCGCCCCAUCACAGAACGGGACUGCGGCGACUUGUAGUUGUUACUUGUUGUCGUUGUCUAUUACUCUAUUGUGUCCAUAUUGCUCGUACACUCGUUCUACUCGUCUAAAAUCUAAGUUAUGUAAUCUACUACUUCAUUAAAACGACGCCACGUUAUUACGGUGCAAUUAUUUUAUUCGUCACGUCCUUUGAAUUGCCAAUGUGUGCAUCAUAAUCAUUGAUCAGUGUUUUUUUUUAAACUUUUUAUGUGAUUUACCAUUUACGAUAUUGCUUUAUUUUAUUAAGAUCGCGCUCGUGAAAGAAUUUAGAGGAUCGGUUCACAGUUGUAUACAUUUCCGUUGUUGUAAAAAAUGGAUCAAACCAUAUUUGAAAAAGACACCACGCAUGUUGUAGUUAAAUUUAAUGAAAAGUCUAAAAAUGGUAAAAAAACCAUUGAUCUUGUGCCUGUUGAUUGGGUAUUUGAAAGUGAGAGAAAAUUAUAUUGUAAAUAUCCUUCAAAAAAAGAUUAUUGUAAUUUAAAUGAAAUGUGCAAAACCUCUGCGGCACAUGGACCAUUUUGGAAAAGCUAUGGAAUAAGUGUUAUUAAACAGGCUGUAAAUUUUAAUCAAGGAAUAAGACGAAUGGAAAAAGCAUUUUCAGAGGAAGUAGUUCAGAGCAGCAAUUUAGAUGAAUACAACAGUUCUGAGUUAGAAGAUGAUUAUUUAAAACUAAACAAAGAUGAUCUUAAACGAUCCUUGAAAAGUAUUCCUGUUUUUAUAAAGAAUCAUGAUGUGGACGAUGAAGAGUUAAAUGAUAGUGAUAAAAAUAGCUUCCAUUCGGAAGAUUAUUUAAAACAGAACUUGGUAUCCGAUAAUAGUAUUUCAUCAGCAUUAUCAUCGCCAAUUCUUUGUCAUAAAAAGAAAUCAUUAAAAAGAUCCAGAAAGAGUGCUGUAGUAACCUAUGAUAAUACAAGUUCUGGUUCGUCAACAACUUCAUCGCCCAAAAUAAUUAAAAGGUUGUCAUCAGGAACAACUAAAAUAAUUGGUAUAAAAAAUAAAAUAAUACAAUCCCCAAAAAAUGUAAAGACCCAUUCAAUUGAAGAAAACAGCAAUAAAAAAGCUCAAACUUCAUCAGACAUUAAAAGGAAGAAACAAUGCCCAGCUUGUGGUUGUACGUGUGCUACAGGUAUGCCAGCUUCAGAAACUCUUGUUUCUAAGGCUAAUUUGGAAUCAGUUAGAAGAAGCAUAGAAUAUAGGAUAAUAGAAGAGGCAAAAUCCACCAGACACCUAUUUGCAGCACACAACAAUAUUGGGGAUAUUGACAAAAUAAUGAAAGAUGGAACUAUAAUUGAUAUUCCCAAAUUUAACUUACAAGACUUUCAAGAUUUUGAUGCUGAAUUAAAAACUAAUUUCGAAUUAGUAAAGAAACUGAAAUGUUUUAUGGUGUUAAAUAUUAAUAGUGAAGAUAAAAUAUCGGAAAAUUUAAAAGCUACUAUUCCGAAGAUAAUAUCAAAGGAUGUACAGCUAUUAUAUAGUGCUUUUGGACGGGAGACUAAUGGAUGCAAAAAAAUGAACUUCUCUAGCACACUAACAUACAAAUACUUAUUAGAAGUCUUAACUUGCAAAAACCCUAAUCUAAAAAUCAAGGAUAUUGGCAGCCAACUUAGCCGUUGGUUUUCAGGUGCCAAGGACCGCGAAGGUGGGAAGAAAGAAAGGCUUUUCAAAGAUAAGAAAUACAGCCAAAGUACUGAAGAUAAAAGUGAAUAAAAUUAGUUCAAAUAGAGAUAUUUGUUAUCUAAAAGUUAAUUGUAUUAAUUAAAAAAUGUGUGUUUUAAUAAAGAUUUUGA